UGCAUUCUCCAUGUAAUUUGUGUCGGUACAUCAUCCUAAAAAAAACCUGACUUAUUACUUUAAGAUGCACUCCUUUCACUGAUUAGGAUUUUGUUUAUUGUCAUCAUGUGGACACUUAAGGAGGACAAUGAGCCAUCACAUCUGUCCAUGUAAUCCUGAGCGUGGACUAGGAUAAUCCGCACCAGGAAGUGAAAAUCCCUGUUAUUCCAUCUGUGCGUGAAUGAGUGCCUCAUGCUCAUGACAUUAAUAGCUCUUCCAUAUGUGAACGUGUGUGUGUGUGUGUGUGUGUGUGUGUCUGUGCACAGGACAAGGGUCCUUUGCAUCCCAUUAUUUUGCCAUUGUGCGUCAUACGGGAAGAGCCAUCACCAUGGUAACCCCAAGCAUUGAGCACUUUGUGAAAGGCUGGGCUCCUCAGUCUCUGCCACUCUCUCUUUUAUCUGAACACAGGACAUUUCUCCUAUUUCACACACAAUGGUCAGCUGGGAGACAGAGGGGAUGGGAUCAACUCCGGUCUUUGCAUCUUGUGGUUUUGGUUUGGAGCUUUGUCAAUUUUUGACACUAUGGGAUGUCUCUACUCCUGAAAACAUCAUCAACAACAUGGGAUUUGCUACCUAACAGGAUAUCUUCACAACAUGAUGUCACCAUUGUGUUUCUUUAUGGAUAAAUUGGAUUGUUGAUGUUUCUGCUCUGACUGAGGCCUUGCUUUUUCAGGAUAAAGAGCUGUAAAACCGAUUUAUUCAUGUUGCGGGACAUUUUAAGAGCAGAAAGGUAAAGAUUUAGGAGAUUUCUUUUCCUUGUUUACUCUCUUGACCUUGCAGUGGAUGGAGAAUAACAUUCUCUGUAAUGGACCUGAAGACUUCUGAGCCCAAAUAAUGCCAAGAAAGGCACAAAGGGAGGAAGAUGAGGAGAAAUAUACAGAUUAUUAUCAUCCAUCACUUUCCACCUGUCCAUCUUGCAACCAAGAGUACGACGAGGUCCUGAUCCUGCCUUGUUCUCAUACCAUGUGUGGUCACUGUGUAGCCACUGGAGAGAGAAGAAGCUCAGGUCAGCCUCUCCACCGGCACAGCGUCAGUCUGCCUGUCUGCUCUGUGCUGUGCCCCAGCUGUCGACGCACUGUGGAGCUACCAUGCAGGACCUGGUCAUCCGCCACUUCCUGUUUACCAAAACAUCCUUCAGUGCGUCCGGCACACAUCAGCGGGGAGAUCCAGUCCGAGGAGGAACCAUCUGAGGACCACUUUCAGCUUGUGGAGCAGCCUCCACGCUGCAGAGAUUCAACAGAAGGAAGCUCACACAGUUGUUUACACGAAUCCAAUGCUGCUACAUCCCCAGUGGAUGGCGCCAUAGACCUGCAAGAGGAGGACAUGGCGAGGUCUGUCUUUGGACUGCGUUUUGCUCUGGACUCUUCCAGUCUCCCCACAGCCCUCCGUCUCUCCAACAGCUCCCUCACUGUCACCUAUCGCAGGCCUCAAGGCAACAAGGUGCAAAGGUCAAAGAUGACAUCUGGGCUGGAACUCCCACAAGUGUGUGGAGACGUCGUGAUUGCACGGGGGCAAUAUUACUGGGAGGUGGAGGUCUGUAACAGCUCCAUGUACAGGAUUGGUGUGACCUCAUCGGACGGUUGUUGUGGCUGGUGGCUGGAAAGGCAGAGUCGGUCUUUUUGGGUAGUGUAUGACGGGAGCUGCGAGCCGAUCUGCACUGUCCCGCCUCAGAUCAAAAGCCUUGGGGUUUUCCUCAACAUUGGGGGCGGGGCUCUGAGCUUCCACAACCCUGUGACCCACGAACACCUGGCCACGCUUCCUACCCGCUUCAGUGCCACCGGAGUGCGCCCAGCUCUGGGCCUGGGCCAGGGCUGCUUGAGGCUGCGCUGCUGCCUUCCUCCUCCUCCACACAUCUUCCUCAGCAAGGACUCAACAUACAAAGGACCUCGUGUCACUGGUGGAAGCCAGUGGCACAGGGAGAUUCCCUUCAAGUCUGUGAGGAGAGUGAUACAGCAGUUUGAGCAGCUGGCUGUGGUGGAAUCAGACUCUGGCGUAAUGUCCAGUUUUAGGUCAUCUUCCUCAAACUUGUCUUCCCCUCCAGAUCUGGGCAGAACCACAGGGCAGGAAGCUGCAGCUGAAUGAGAAGGAACUUCAGAAACUUCCCUACUGCUACUCUCAGCAGUUUGAUUUCUGGUUAUCAAUUGAAAGGCUAAUUCAUUUUUUUUUCAUCUUGAGGGACUCUUGGUUGCCUCUCUCCACUCUCUGUGUGACCCCGGACCUGCAAUUGUCUCCCUCUCCCCAUCACACAGGACCUUCCUCUCCACCAAACAUCCCCUGCUGGUUGGUCUCUGAGCUAGAAUGAGUCCUCUAUAAUGUGAAGUGUGAGGAAACAGUGGGCUUUAAGCAGCAGGACUCCUGGGUUUAUCUCUGUGUGAUGGUUGUCAGACAGUAGGGGGUCCUGCAGUAGUACUGUGCAUGUUCCUGUAAGUGUGUAUAUACAGGCACUAGCACUACCUCCAAUGGGUGCAUUUGCUCCAUCACUCACACAUUUUGCUGUGUUAGUAAACCAAGAGGGAACCAUGUACAGGCGGCAGGGGUGGGCGAUGGCGAGGUGCGAGUACAGUGACACCAACGGUGUCAACACGGAGCAGUGACAACAGGUGGUAACACACGUUUAUCCCGCGGCCUCCCUUCGCUACAGGGCAGUAGGGCUGUCCUUUUCUGACCCUUUGAAAACCACAGGAUGCCCAUGACACUUCAAAAGAACAACAGAGAGCAGGAGGGACAGUGAGGGAGAAAGAGAAAACAGCAUGCAUGGAUUAAAGGCAGCAGGUGAUGAACUGGAAAGAAAGAAAGAAAUGAACAUAGGAAGAAGAAGCUCUGAAUACAUCGACUGUCCCAUGCAGGCCACACUUCUGAGAAUGUGUUCUCACAAGUUGUCUUGGCACAUUGCAGUUAGUCUUGAUUAACCACUUAGUGAUCUCUGCAUUUCAACCAUCCUUGUUUACACUCCAGUCGUGAACACAGCAUUUUUCCCUAGAGCAACAGUCAUUGAAAAUAGAAGUACCAGUGAGUACUUAAUGGGGUACCCAAGCUUUUUUAAAGACAAUUUUUGUACCCAUUAAGUUAAGUUAAGUUAAGUUAAGUUAAAUAUCCAGCCCCAACUGGUCCAUUUUUGGCACACUUCCCUUGGAUUUCCCUUGGAGUUAAAUGUUAUGCUAAGAUCACCCACAAACUUCAGCUGACUGGGUGACAGAAACACAUCAGUCACUUGUGAUUGGUGUAAAUAUUCCAUGGAAGACGAGGCUCCUGGGAACAGUAGCGUACCUUUACUCUGAAGGCAGGGUGUGGGCUGUGCCCCAUGGCCAUGUAGCGUGAGUGUGAGUGAAUGGGUCAGAAUGGGUGAAUG